GACUGCCAAGAGUUAUUUGACUGGCUCGUGGUGCAAGACCAGCCAUGACAUUUCCCUGUGGGCUCUCUAUGGACGACAAGGGCGGCGGCUCCGGGCCCUCCGCGCGGGCGCAGAAGUGGCUGGAGCAGCUCUGCCAGGUCGAGUCACGCCUGCUGAGCAACUGGGAGGAGUUCGUGGCGCACCGGGCGGAGGUGCAGCGGAGGCUGCAGGAGCUCGCGAGGAAGCAGGAUCCUCAUGAAGAGCUGGAAAAGUUCCAGCGGCGCCUGCAGCAGCUGAGCCAACACCAGGAGGAGACCAUGUCCCGUGUGGGCGACCUCAAGAAUGCCUUGGAGACCAGCCAGCAGUCGAUGGAAGGGCUGCGGGGCCGGGUGUCCGCGAAGCUCCAGGAGAUGGCCCAAGGCUUCGAGGACCAGCAGCGGGAGGUGCUCCGCGCGGCGGAGGAGCUGAUCUCGGAGUCCGCAGCCAGCUCCAAGCGCCAGAGCAAGGCGGUGGCGGAGGAGCUCCUGAAGAAGAUGGCGGAGCUCAACCACAAGCUUGGGGAGAACAUGACCAGCGUGGAGGAGGAGUCGCUCUCGCGCUUCGAGGGCCUCAAGGGCGAAGUGCAGGAUCUUUCCAAACGUCUGGAUGCCUCGCGCGAGGCAGAGCGGAAGGCGGAGGCGCAGUGGCGCACGCUGCGCGGCGAGGCGCACGCCCAGCUCGAGGACCUGGCAGAAGUGACCCGCACCGAAUCCGCGCGUGUCAAAGGUCUCCAGGAGCGUGCCCAGGAGACCAACCAGCGCCUGGAGUCGGUGGCACUGGAGGCGGCAGCAGGCCGACAGCAGGCGGCACAGCUGGCAGCGGCGCAGGGCCACCUGGAGGCAUCCUUGCAGGAGCACCUGGCGCGGUUCCGGGAGAAGAUGGAGGCAAGCGUGACGCAGGAGUCGAAGGCCCAAAGCGAGGCCGUCGCUCAGCUCGCGCGGAAGCUGCAGAGGAACGAGGAGCUGCUGGAGAGAUGUUGCGAGGCCUCGGAGGUGGAGGCGCUGCGGGGCCUUGGCGUGCAGCAGAGCGCGCAGCUGGAGCAGCUGAGCAAGACCUGCCAGGAGCUGACGGAAGCGCGGCAAGGAUUGUUUGCCGAAGUUGAUGGCUGCAGAUCUGCCGACAGGCAGCUGGAGGACGCCCUGCGGCGCAUGGACGCGCGCCUGGAGUCCAGCUCCGCGCAGGCGGCGCUCGCCUCCCAAGGCGUGGCGGAGGUCAAGGCCUUCGCGCGGGAGCUGGCGGAGAAGGCGGCGCUGCAGCUCCGCGAGCUCCUGGAGAUCCGCACCGCGGAGACGAAGGAGCUGGUGGAGCGGUGCGCCCGCGAGUCCUCGUCCAAGCUGGAGGCGCUGCGGGCCGCGGACUGUGAGCGCCAGAAGCAGGUGGAGGUGCUCACGAGGAGCUGCGAGGGGCUGAUGGAGGCACGGCAAGGCAUCGCCGCUGAAGUGGAAGGCUGCCGGUCCAUCGACAGGCAGCUGGAGGAAGCGCUGCGACGUGUGGAUGCGCGGGUGGAGCGCAUCAGCGCUGUGGCUGUGCAGUCAUCUGAAGGCCUGGGCGAGGCCAAGUUGCUGACGCGGGAGCUGGCGGAGCAGGCGCAGCAGGGCCGGGAACUGCUGGAGACCCGCACAGCCGAGCUGAAGGAUCUGCUGGAGCAGCAAGCCCUCGAGACGACCACCAAGAUGGAGGCCCUGAAGCUGUCGGACGGCCAGUGCCAUCAGCAGCUGGACUACCUGUCCCGGGCCUUGCAGGAGCUGUCAGAAGCGCGCAGAGGCAUCUUUGCAGAAGUCGAGAGCUGUCAGUCCAGCGACAGGAAGUUGGAAGAGGGCCUGCGGCGCAUGGACAGCCGAUUGGAGCGCCUGUCUUCGCUGCAGUCGCAAUGCUCAGAAGGCCUGGUGGAGGCCAAGGCGGCGGCUCUGAGCAGCGCGGAGCGCAGCAGCCGCCAGGCGGCGGAGCUGGAGACGCGCACCGCGGAGCUUAAGGACCAGCUGAAAAGUCUCCGGGAGGAGCUCUCGGGGAUCGGCACCAAGGAGGCCAAGACCGCGGAGUCCGCGUGCCAGUUGGCGCGGAAGCAGGAGCUCCAUGCGGAGGCCGCCUCAGAGCUGCGGCGCUUGGUGGAGGCGAUGCGGGGCCGCCAGGAGUUGCUGGAGCGCCAGGGCGGCGAGAGCGGGGCGGCGCUGCAGGCGCUGCGAGUUUCUGAGUCGGAGAACGGCCAGCAGUUGGAGCGGGUGCUGAAGAUGUGCGGGGAGCUGUCGGACGCCAGGAUAGGCAUGGUGACCGAAGUGGAGAAUUGCCGUGCCAUCCAGAGGCAACUGGAAGACGCCUUGCGGCGCGUAGAUGCGCGGCUGGAGUCUGUGUCCUCUGUGGCAGCCCAGUGCUCCGGAGGGCUGGUGGACGCCAAGGCCUUCGCGCAGAGUGCGGCGGAGAAGGCCUUGGCCAACUCCAAGGAGCUCUUGGAGCUCAAGGCCUCCGAGCUGAAGGAGCUGGUGGAGAAGCGGGCGACGGAGGCCACGGGGAAACUCGAGG